UACCUAGUGUAGUCCAUAUCUGCUGUAACGAAUUUUACCUCAACACAAAACGCUUAUUUGAUCAGUUGCGCCGAAGCAAAAUCUGUGUGCUCAGACAAACGUGGCUGUGUGUUGCUUACAACCGUGUAUGACGCCAGUAAAGAAUUGUCUAGGUUCAGUGCUGUUCUCGCGCUGUUACAGAAUAAACGAUGAAACUAUUUACCUGUUGGUUCAUCCUGGCUAUACUCGGUCGGGAUGUCUUGGGCGAUCCUAGGCCAGACUUUGGCAUCGAUGGGAACAUCGCUGGCAGUGUCCAAGCCGAAACGAUAGCAGGCGAAGCAGGCGUGUCCUUUGAUAUGAUCGAUUUUAAGACAAUCACGCUAAGUUCGAAUUACAUUGUACUGAAAAACCUGAAGGAUGAACUGACGGCUAUCGGUAACCACAUUGCCACCACGGGCCAAGAAUUGACUGAUAAGCUGGAAACGCUUGCACCUAGCAAAGGAAAUAGGCCGCAAGUGUACGACGAUAUCACUGAUGCCAUCGAUGCGCUCCGUACCCUACUCGAAACCGGGUUGGCCACACAAACGACAGCGAUAGAAGAGAUGGUUGGCGAAUACAUUACCGACAUGCUGACCGAUGCUUCGGACCAGAUGCUAGCAACUCUGACCAGGUUAAGUACACAGAUCGGGCUUAUCCAGGAAGCAGUGGACGAUGCGGAGACUGCGUACGGUUCCAGCACCAUACCGGAAACCUUCCUUCGCCGGUAUGUGUCACCAAAGAAGGUUUACGAACUGCUACGCGUCCUUCAUGAUCUGAAGUCCGACCUUCCGCUCGUGACAUACAUUAUAGAGCUGACGCUUGGACAUCUGAGUACGGCCGACGCUUAUCUGCUCGAAUUCAUGGACGGGGUCGACGUAAAGGUGUACGAUACGAUCAUGUACUACGAUACCUUGAAGCGGGAAGUGAUAGAAGAUAUGUAUGAAAUACCGAAUACGAUCAUGGCUCCGCUGGAGGAUUCCUAUGAACUGCAACUGGAUAAUAUAGCCUACAUUGAGGACAAUCUGGCAGCGAUGGAAUCGUACGAAGCAUACCUGCAACCCGUCCUAGAGGCGUACGAAAAUUUGCUGGGCAGCACGAAUCUUCUCACGAUACCCGGAAGGGUCGAAACGAUCUACACCGAUUACCUGACGAGUGUGGUAGCACUCGACGACUAUCUGGAUCAGUUCUACGACGAGAAGCUAUGCACCCCUAUUAGAGCUAUUUUGCAGGUUCUGAUCGCAUCGGGACCGUGGGCUGACUAUUGCUUUAGCAAGUACUCACCACGCCUGUUAGACUUGGUGUCGAUCAACUCCAACCGUUUCCUAAUGUGCUACCAGGUCGAGGCGGAUCGUUUGUCCGGACUCGCUGAAAUCGUCGAUCGGUUGGUCGUGCAGAUUGUGUACGACAUCGAAGAUUUGGCCAUGCAUCUAGUUGCUUGCUUUAACCGCUUGGAAGAUGGUUCGAACUGUAUCGCUUCGAUUGGACCUUACUAUUCCGAACUCAUAGAAAAUCUGGAGCUAAAGGUAGAUGAUGUGCUGCGGCUGCUGACUGUACAAACGACAGCAAGUGCCAAUCGUGCAGCGGCUUGUAUUGCUGCUGGUAAGUGUGGGUUCAUUGCGUCCACCGAGCUCUACGUGGAUGACAUCAGCCUGUGCGAGGAAAACGGACCAAAUGCGUAAAGGGCAAGAUGUGUCCAUUCAUAGCUGAAUAAAGAAUAUAAGUGGAACGUUCUUCUUCAAACCUUAUUACUAAAUAACAUGCUAACACUUGUAUAGAAAAGAACUAUCCCCGAAUGUUCAACAUGUGCAACCGAACAUACCGGUUGAGUUCAACAUUAUUAUCAGCUAAAAAAGGCAUGCGUAAAAUAGCUAGCAACGAAUGCUAGUGUAUAAGAUUAUUGCCUUUAACUUCUUAGAGAGUUAAAACAUGUCGGCGUUGCCUACAUGUCUGCGUUCUACGCAGCGUUCUUCGUUUCAGUAGCGAGAACAUUUUCCAAGAACUUCUGCACACGCUAACGAAUUUAAACAGCUGCAAGUCUAGCAUCAGUAUUGCUAUACGUUGCAAGAUUUUGUCUGGAGAGUCGUUUUCUGUUUCUAGGAAUUGUUAUUUCAUACAAUACUAAUACAUAAAUGUGGGGUACACCGCCGUAUGCCGAUUCUGCCAUCUACGAGUAUGACGAGUACGAGUACGAGAUGGGAUUUAAAUCUUUCCUAACACACCUUACAACAUACCUGUUGCAUAUUUAACUCAUUUUUAAUUCCCAUGCUUUUGUCGGCAGCUUAGAUAUGUUUGGCAAAUGAUCGUGCAGGAGAUUAGUAAAUCAUAGAACAGUAAACAAAGAGUUUCCUCUCUGACUUCCAGUUUAAUUCAUAUUUCAUCCCGUCAUUUGCACCCGCAGUCCUGUUUCAUUGCUUGUAUCCUUUCCUUUCUUUCGUUCUUAUCCCUAUAUAUUUCCUUCCCUGGUCUCUGGUUCGGGUUUAGCCCAGAAUUAUCAUUGAUUAAGUGUAUGCGCUUCGUUCUAUAGAGAUCACCGAGAAUUCUUCACAGUUAUCAGCCAUCUCCAACCAAACAACUCCAUAUCCUAACUUUUCCUCUUCCCUAUUUUUUUUUAUUCCUGUAGAACGGUCUAGCUGUAUUGAUCCUCUGCCCCAGUUAUUAAAAUUAGAAUGUUAAACCCAUUGUAGCAGACAAUUUGACAAUAACAAAUCAAAAACAUUAAUAUACAGCAGCCACUUCGACCAAAAGUAGUUGGCCUGAUUAGACGAUCGUCCUACUUAUCAAUAUUUCGUACGAUAUUUCCUAAGCGCUGCAUA